CAACCAGCUUAUCUAACUUUGUAUAGUCCUUAAAAGCCAAGCGAAACGAAGAUGAGUUAGAAGAGGCCAGGUCGCAAGUACCAAGCUUCCAACAAGAACUCGCUGAGCACAAAGCCAGACUAGACAGUCUCCAGCAACGUGCCGAGAAGGCAGAAGCAGCUUUAGUAGAAGCCAAAGCUUCAUUCGAGCAAGAGAAAUUAGCCUGGAAAGCAGAGAUGCAAAACCGCGUAGAGGAAGAAAAGCAAAAAUGGCACGAGGAUAUCCCCAGCACACCGUCUUAUGGAUACAAUCGAGCAGAGUCGCCAGUAGCAUCUUCUCGGAGAGGUCUGACUACCGAAUUUCUUGGGUUGCAAAACUUGCAAAUUCGACGAGCUUCAGCGAGAUCUAUCAACAACGACGUCCCAACUCCUACGACUGCAGGAUUCCUCAACCGCAGGCCUUCUGCUCAACCACUAGGUCGGUCGUCUGGCAAUGGUACCCCUACUAGACAAGAGUCGAUGCAAUCUCUAAAGACAAAUGGGGAGAACUCUGAUGCGAUUUCGAUGCAUACAGACCAUGAUGACUUCUUCACCGACAACGUUUCUCCCUCGUCACCACACCAGACUAUCAACGACAUGAUUUCAGUCUCCACAGCUGGCGCGGGUCCCUCUGUCCAGCUCGUCGAAAGAAUGAGCUCCGCGGUCCGUCGCUUAGAAAGCGAAAAAGUCGCAACAAAGGAAGACUUAGCUAGACUUUCUGCUCAGCGCGACGAAGCGCGAGCUGAGAUCGUCUCAUUGAUGAGAGAAGUGGAAACAAAGAGAGCAGCAGACACUAGAGUUGCUGAAUUAGAAGCAGAAGUCAAGGAUCUUAACCAGAGAUACGAAACUACGUUGGAGAUGUUAGGCGAGAAGAGCGAGAUGGUUGAUGAGUUGAAGAGCGACAUUGACGAUAUCAAGGCGAUGUAUAGGGAAUUGGUGGAGAGGACCGUGAAGUGAGGUCUAGCGGUAGCACAGCAUAACAUUUCAUCUGAAAGAGCUCAAAUUUGAGUUUCUUCUUCUGGGGAAGCAUGACUACUGGCACAUUUGGAGCAAGUCCAGAUGAUCAGAUCAGAAGGAAGCAUGUUUGGGGGAUCUUCAUAAUGAGUAUUACUGCA